GCAGUAGAACACUAUGCCUCUCUUUGGGAACACUUUUAGCCCGAAGAAAACGCCACCCCGAAAGUCAGCUUCUCUCUCCAACUUGCACUUGCUGGAUAGAUCAACCCGUGAGGUUGAGCUGGGCCUGGAGUAUGGCAUCCCCACCAUGAACCUUGCUGGCCAGAGCUUGAAGUUUGAAAAUGGCCAGUGGGUAGCAGAGUCAGGAAACUUCACUGGGGAUCGCAGGGAAAUGCAGCGCUUGCGCAAACGAAACCAGCAGCUGGAAGAAGAAAACAACCUUCUUCGACUCAAAGUGGAUAUUCUGCUGGACAUGCUCUCCGAGACCACAGCCGAGUCUCACCUAAUGGAGAAAGAGCUGGAGGAGCUGAAGACCCACAGCCACAGGAGGAAGUGA